CAAAUGCGGGGACAGACCGUUCGAACAACAACUCUCAACCUACUACUACAGAUCAUGCCGUGUCAGUGCUUAAUUCGACUUGACCAGGCGUUCCAUUUAAUUUGCUUUUCUCCACACGUUUACUCGCGCGGUCGUUUUUAUUUCCCGUUCGUGCGACGCUACCCUGCCGCAAUACGAUAAAACAGGCCUAGAUAAAAUGAGCAAAUGAAUCAGUGUGCCGGACGGACUGGUUGUUCUCGCUUCAAACAGUUCUUUUUCUUUUCUUUUCUUUCUUGCUUUCUUUCUUUCUUUCUUUCUUUCUUUUUUUUUUCUUUUUUCCGUUCCAACAUAUAUAUUCUCUGGCCAUAUUACCCGUUCAAUCAGUGAUUCAAUCCAUUAACGGACCCCACGUCCAUGCAGCUGAAGCUCAUAAACAUUUGGCAUGCCAUUUGGGUCUGCUCUCGCCCAUUUCUUAGCUCGUAUCAAGCCCCACGUUGACUUUUCUUUUGACAUCGAGUGACCGGGUUUCCUAUGGACCUUGCGCUUUGCAACCUCAACCCCGGCCUGCUACGAUCAAUGGAAAUCAAAGCGGCCUGAAGCCCUUGCCUUGAUCUGGUGUCAAGGUCCGUGAAUCCCUACGCUGUAGUCAACCCCAGGUCCUUGGGUUGAUAAUUCUGCACGUCAAGCCUACCUAGCCGCUCAUGGUUCCCAGCCGGCCCCUGUCAAUCAGUGGCUUUGCUGAAGAUGGCCUCUUGCUGAGAUUCGUCCUUUUCAUCUUCUCCUGAUCCGUUAGCGCAUCCUUGAUGUCGCCCUCUCAUAUAAGUGUGAGUGUGACCGUGGGAUUGUCUCACAUAUAUACCUUGGUAAACCAACCUGUGCAUCCUGCGAAGAUGCUCCAAGCCUGCCCACUGUGUUCAACCCCCGCGGAAGAAAGUAUUAGCCGAUAACGUCCUCAAGCUCAAAUCCAAUCAAUCCCCUGGGUGUUUUAUCUACUCAAUUUAUUCCGGUAUCCCCAUGGUGUGGCGUCCUAUCCAUGUAUUUGUUUAUGUACCCCUCUUGACAGGCUCUCGUUGCCUUCAACCAAGAGCCUGAAAGUGAUAAUAUAAGAAGCAUUGCCACUCUCGUACGAGAUUUCAUGACUCUGAUCUUUCCUAAAUUAUCAAGUCUAUCCACGCAUAUCUCCGCCCUUAUAAAAAAAAGAAAAAUCCUACCAUAUCUUUUUGACAGACGAGGUUUUGGCAAUGAAGUUUCUCGGCAUCCUCACGUCGCUCUCCAUCCUUGGAGCACCGGCUCUAGCAGCUUUGAAUGGCCCGUGUAGCGGUACCAGCGAUACGCGAGGCUACUACGGAAUCUGCGUUUCGACAUCCACCUGCAGGUCUUAUGGCGGGACAUACGUGAGCAACCGCUGCCCUAAUGACCCGGCCGACGUCAAAUGCUGCACAGUUGCCCGUUGUGAAGACCGCACGAGCUACUGCGGAUGGACUAGUCGCCAUUGCAGUGGAAGGUUUAGAUCUGGCUUCUGUCCCGGAGGCAACAAUUACAAAUGCUGCGACCACUGAAAGGCCCUUACUGCGCACGGUUGCGGAGAACAACCUCCUAAGUGUUGCUUGGCUCCUAUAUGUAACUUCAAAUGGAGGAUAUAUCAAAAUUUCUGGUCUUUCGCACUCCUUUGUUCCACCCUUCGGCUUCCUCUCAAGUAUUGCUUGCGAAGGGUAUUUGGCAGUGGUUGUUAUUUAAAACAUGUUCCAUAUUCUUCUGUCAUUAUGUUUAGCAAAAUCUAAAUGUGGCUAUUCAAGAGUCAGAAACUGUCCUUGUCGGCAUUAGAGUAGUUCGGUAAAUACUAGCAAAUUUCAGUUAGGAAGCGUUGUAUUGAAGCCUCUCC